AUGUCCGUUACUUCAACCUUCCCUCUCUUCAAUGCGCCAACAACCCCAUGUCUCCCACAAAUGGUUGUUUUGAAUAUUACCCAACAAAAUAUUCGAAACCACUACCGAAGCCUUCUCGCCACCAUCCAGGAGAAGCCCAUUUAUAUUUAUGUAUAUGGGCCAGCGGGAACUGGAAAAACCGCCCUUUUCCGAGCCCUACAGGAGGACACCAAUGAGUUUUUCAAGUUUCCAAAGGCAUGCCUUCCGAUGGCCUCGACAGGCACCGCGGCCUUGAAUGUAGCCGGAAGGACUAUCCACUCAGCACUCAGUAUUCCAAUAAACGACGAGGAGGCGUUUUCAGCCCCAACCCCGCGCAUGAGAAAAACCCUCAAGAUUACUCUUGAGGGAGUCCGAGUGGCAUUUGUGGACGAAAUUAGCCUUGUGUCGUCAUUGCUGUUUCACCAAAUGUCAGCUUAUAUGCAGCUGGGUCGGGGAGGAUCAGCAAAACCAUUUGGAGGGAUUUCGAUGGUACUGUUUGGCGACCUCCUCCAGCUGGAACCCGUUACCCACGGAGCGGUUUAUGAAGCUCUCCCGCUCGAGUUUAAAGCUCUUCGGGACGCCAGCUACCCAUGCGUCACCGAAAACCUGUGGGGUCUCUUUAGAAUGAUGAGACUCCACAAAAACGUACGCGUCGAGGAACAAGAAGAUGCUAAACACUUGAAUGCCCUCCGUGAGGACGAAAUUCCUGAUGAAACAGAAACGUUUUUUAAGCGAUUCUGUAGAGUCAGGGAUACCACUCACGGAGGGCUUUUCGAGGAGUUGGAUGAAUUGAGGGCAUCCUGGCCCGAGAAGGAAUUUAUUAUGUUGGCCCCACAAAACGAAACUGUGGACCGUUUAAAUGAAUUCAGAAUAGCCAGGAUGCCCGACUCGAUUAAAAUGCGCUGGUUGAAGGUGGAGAGGAAUGAGGCUGAAAAAGUGGAAGAAUGGAUCGAAACGAGUCGAUGGGCCAGACCAUUGACUCUGGCCCCCGGAUGCAAGGUGACUCUUGUCACCACCAUCGACAAGAGGAGGAAGCUAGUCAACGGGGCGAUUGGGAGAAUCAAGAAAAUUUAUCCCAAUACUCUGGUGAUUGACUUUCCCGAAGUCAACAACGUCAUCAUGGAAAGAUCCCACUUUCGCAUCCAGAAGAGGGACAACGACUAUUUUUGGUUUAAACAGUUCCCCAUCCGAGAAGCGGAGGCAAUGACCAUACAUAACUCUCAAGGCCGUACUGUCGACGGCGUCGUAGUGUACUCUAGAGGCCUGUUUAUGCCAGGCCUCAUGUAUACGGCGCUCUCGAGGGCACGGUCCUUGAAGUUAUGUAGAAUCUCACACGUGGAGCCGGAAAACUGGAAAGUAGCGGCCCACGCUAGAGACGCCGUGACUCAGAUGAGGAAAAGGAAGGCCAGCUAA